AUGAAUGUUGAAGAAGAUGAUCUAAUUUUUUUAAAAGGUAGUAUUUUUAAAAUUAGUUUCAGCCCAACCCUUAUGGACAGGAUGCAGAAACACACCCUAUUUAAUACGAGCAGGCAUCAAUAUUGAUAAGUGUUUGAUCUGUAAUUAUGUAUAUAAGACAAAGUCAUCACAAAUCUAAGGUAAUCUUGGAUUUGCAAACUCAACAAAGAUCGUAUCCAAAAGGAUAAAGAACUGUACAACAAAUCAAUUUAAACUACAAAUUUCCAAGGAGUGUUGGAUCUAUUAGAUUUAGCUCUAAAAUUUGAUCCUUAAGCCGAAUACUCUUUCAAGUUGAAUGACUCCUCUUUGUAUUACGGUUACAGUAAUGUCAUUAAGAUUUACACUUUAACAUGGGUUUUCGAUUGCAAAGUUGUAGAUGACCAACAUCAUAACAAAAUUCUAAUAAAUGACAUUAUAAAUCCAUUGCUGUUAACAAUCCAUUCUUUGGAAAAUAGAUGCAAUAACUACAAAUCAGCCUUUUCGCAAUUAGAGUAGGAUUAUAUAAAGAGAUUGAAUGAAAAGGAAAGGGCCUAAUAUAAAGUUAGGGAUAAAGAUGAAGACUUGAGUGUCUACAUUUUAGAUGAUCAAAUUGACCAAGAGAAAAUAUGUUAAAUAAACUUUACUCCUAUGGCAAAUUAUUUCAUCCAAUAUUAUGCAAUUAAUAAAUUGAAUAAAACAUUACAGCAAAUCAAAAAGAGACAGCCAUAACAAUAAAAUAAAAAUGACAAUCCUUCCUAAAAUAUAAAUAAAAGUAUAUGCUAUAUUAAAAUCAUUAGAGGAACAAAUAUGGUAGAGUUAUGAAAAUACAUUAUCUGAUAUGUUUGAAGGAAAAGGUUAAUAAGUUUUGAACGAUGAUAACAAUGAAUAAAAGUAAAACCGUAGCAAAAACACUAAAAAAAAAGCAGGAUUUUUAUGA